AUGUCGACGACGACGCGCGCGCUCGGGACGCGAUCGGCGACGCUCGCGACGACGCGAGGACGCGCGGCGAGACGACGAGGCGGUGCGGUCAGAGCGGAGGGCGGCGACGCGAGCGCGUGGAAACCGAUGGCGGUGACGAAACCGAACUUGGUGAAUAAUCUGGACGGGAAGACGACGCGAAACAUCGAUGGGAAGGUGUACACGAUCGAGGCGAGAGGGGACGAAGUCGCGGUGACGGAUAAAUUCGGGGCGUCGUUCGAGACGCGAGUGAACAAGGCGGGCGUGAUCGAGGCGGACAUGUCGAAGAAGACGGGCGCGAGCGCUGGGGAUGACGUGGAUUUUGCGUCGUUGCAAAUCACCGAUUUCGUUGGAUUUAACGCCAAGUAUAAGAUUCCGGAGGUGGUGAACGGACGCGCGGCGAUGGUGGGCGCCGUCUUGGCGUUGCUGUCGAAAAUCGGCGGCGGCGGCUCGGUGGCGCAUCAAAUGUUCACCGCCGGCGGCUUCAGUUCCAUGCUCUUCAUCAUGGCUGCCGUUACCGCGGCGACGAUCGCGCCCGCGGCGACCGGCGCGACGUCUCUUCGCGGCGCCAUUCCGGACGAGAACGCCACGUUCCCGGACGAGCGCUUGCCCACGACGUGGACGGCGACCGCCGAGGGCGUCAACGGCAAGGUCGCCAUGGUGAUCCUCACCCUCGCGCUCAUCACGGGCAACUAA